UUAGGCACAAGAGAGCAGGGCGACAGCAACAGGCGAGAAACCCAGAGGGCUUCUGCAGUCCCAGUGGUGUCUCAGCCCAGUGCUUGGGACCUGUAGGGAACGCAGGCAGCAUUUAAAACAGAAUACUAGCUACUGCUGCUGAAGGCAGGGUGUCCUCUCACAGAGGAGGCUCUGCUGGGCUUGUACCAGCUGUAAAGAGGUUCUGCUAAAUUACAGAAGCUACCUAACCAAAGCUGCAUUAUGGAGCUGAGGUCUGGUGAGCCAUCAGGGAAGGUAAAAGAAAGGGAGAAAGGAAAGAGAGCCCACAGAGACUCCUCACAAGAGGCACUUGAAUGGAGGGAGUCCUUCGACCAGCUCCUGAAGAGUAAAAGUGGGGUGACAGCCUUCCACACCUUUCUGAAAACAGAGUUCAGUGAGGAGAACCUGGACUUCUGGCUGGCCUGUGAGGACUUCAAAAAGACCCGGUCGAAAACCAAGCUGGCCUCCAAGGCCAACAGGAUCUUCGAGGAGUUUGUCCAAAAUGAGGCACCCAGGGAGGUGAAUAUCGACCACGAAACCAGGGAGAUCACGAGGAAGAACCUUUCAGGUGCCACCUCCACUUGCUUCAAUGAAGCCCAAGCCAAGACACGCACUUUGAUGGAGAAGGACUCCUACCCCCGGUUCCUGAAGUCUGCUUCCUACCAGGACAUGACCAAGCAGGCCACCAGCCGUGGCAUCAGCAAGCGGUCGCAUACCUGACCCGAGCUCAAAUCCACCAUGGGAGAACAAGCCAGGGGACCAGGCAGAGGCUGAGAGACAGUUUACAAAGGCUGAGGUCCAUGUGGUGGGGUUUCAGAUGAAGUCCUGGCAUUUUAGUAGGAUCCUCAGGACCUCAAGCGCUUCCUGCUUCUCACCAAGCUGCUGGGAAGAGAGGUCCUCCCUCUCUGGAGGAGCAGAGCGGGUAGGAAGCCAUUGCCUUCCCUUGCAGCAUGGCUGGAAACCUGCACCACCACAGGGACAGCGAGUAAUUGGAUUGGAGUUCCAAGCCCAGGAAAAAGAGACUGGAUUCCCCUGAGCAUCCCUAACCAGAGAGCCCCUGCCUGCUCUCAGGACUCUGCCUCUGAACUGCAGAGCCAGCCUGCAACUCCCACCGUGCCCAGGGCAACCACCCCAGACCUGCCCGCAGGGCUCUUCCUACAGGGAACGGCCAGAACACAAGUCCAAAAGACUCCAUGGCAUUUUCAGCUGGAGGAACCCUGUGCUUGCCUCCCCCUGAUCCCAAGAUCCUUCUUCUGCUGCUUCCUACGCAUGCUCUGCAUCAAAGCUCAAUGCCUUCUUCCUCCACAGUGCACCCCUAGCAGUGACAUUUCCAUCCCUCGCUUAAGUGACGUGACCUUCAGCUGGCACACGUUCUUAGGUCACCUGCAUCACUUUUUAUUACUGUUAUGGUUAUUUAUUUGGUCAUCCUCAUUGUUGUGUAAUAUUUAUUGGAAGAGCACUGCUGAAAGCAUACAAGCUGGUACAUUAAAUUAUUCUAGAUGUUGUAGCACUUGGCAUGCUGCCCACCUUUCCUGUAGGAUAGCUUCAGAGAGAUGAGCAGACAGACCUGGAUUGUGACUGUGGAGCAAGGUAUGUGAGCAGCAGCAGCAAGAGUGGAAGCCUGGCAAGGGCUGCCAGUGGGGUCAAAGGCAGCAGGUUUCCCAUGAGCCUGGUGGAGUGUUGGUGAUGGUAAGAAGAUGCUUUGUGGUCCAUGCUAGUUCCUUUCUCCCCUUGAGGAUGUGGAUGGCAUCCCAUAGCCUAGCAGCUUGUCCUAGACAGAAUAGCGAUGUAAACCAAGCACUUUGCUGAGUGAUCCUGUUGAAAACCCUUUUUAUUUUACACUUAAGAGAGAAAAACUGAGGCUUUCCCCUGGUUUUGAAUUUGGCCUGGUGUUCUCUUGGACAGUGAACCCAGUCUGCAGCCACAGCACUUUAGCAGAAACCCAGGGAGCUGAGUGAAACAGGGAUGCGUGCUGGGAAUUCAGCAUCUCGGGGGGCAGCAGGACAGUUCAUCAGCUCAUACUUGUGGGAUGAGCUCUUCAGAAAAGAAGCAGGCAUGCCUGGGUCCUGCAUUCACUCUGGAAAGAUGUGGAUCCUGGUUGGCAGCAAUGGUGCCAGCAGUUGUGUGGGUGGGUGUUGGGGACCCCACAGGUGUCCUGCGCUGGGACACGGGGAAUGUGCCAUCAGCACCAGUCCCUCCUGAGACAGCCUGGGGCUGCCACAUGUGCUUCCAUUUACCCCUAAAUACCAAACCUGGAGGCCCUCCUCUUGCUGGCACUUGCUGAGAAAACUACCUUUUGCCUCCCUGAACAUCAGCUGGAGCACAGGAUUUCUUGGACUUUUCAUGGC